AUGACGGCAGAUAGACGGGCGAAUCCGACUGGGCUCAUGCCGCCGCCAGCACGUGCGCACUGUCGCGUGUUUAUCGUGGCAGCAAGAACGCACACGCGCGUGCUUGUUCUACAGAACGCCUACGAACAGGACGCGAUCCAUAUGUACGACCACGUGCCCGCCGUGUCGUCGAUCGUACAAGGAAUUUUCGAGCACAGUUCGCGCACCCCGGAGGACAAGAAAAAGGCCACUUUUGAGGCAUAUCAGAUCUUGCGCCCGGCCAUAAACCUUGCUGCUGAGUGGCUGAAAGUCCGUGGCGACCCACGUCGGUGUUUCGUGCACUUUCUUUUGGCCGAAUCCGAAAUCCCAGCUGGUUUGCCAGCACCCGACGACGCGACGACAGCAGCGUUACGUGUGACGAGGCGUCUCCAGCACCUUCAAGAGCUAGCGGGGCACGACCACGCGUUCCCUUUUGCUUUAGACGCCGCUCGUCAAGAGGAUCAGGACAGCGUCCCGUCCAGUGGCAUCGUGACCGCCGCCUGGCGUCUCUAUUUCCACGUGGUUGGGAUCAACUACUUUGCUGAGCGCGUGGCGCCAUCGCUCAGUCCUGGUCAAGUUGAAGUGUACGGGCUCUUGCACGUGGACACAGGGGGAGAUAUUGGACGGACUCGAUUCGAGUCGGACGCGGAUGCUGUUGCGAUGGUGUUUGAUGUGCGGGAGCGAUGGCGACGCACCAAACGGCAGCGCCAGGCAAACGUCGUGCUCAAUGCUAGUGACUUUUACGGUCGCGAGUACGUCGGGUUUGGACGUCAGCAAGUCCAGCAGGCGGUGGUCAAGUUAAAACAAAGGAAGAACAGCCACGCUGACGAGGACACCCUGCAGCAUCCGUGCUUCUUGCGAGGUCACUCGUCGGUUGUUGAAGGUGUGAACGUGACUUUGAACGGCACAGGGGAUGCCGAGAAGUGCAUGACUUUGCUCCGGUCGCAUAUUGCUGCGAGCAAUGUGGACUGUCCGCCUGAGAGCUUUUGUUUUACAGGAGGUGAACCUCAACCUCAAAAGUUUGGAUCUUUUUACGCUUCGGGUGUGCUACAGCGAGCAGUGCUUAGUGCAAGUCGCGUGUUGGAGAACGUGAGCAAUGCACAGGAGGAGGAUACGGUGAGGCCGCUGCUUUUACCGUCUCCAUCGCUCCUGGCGCUUCGAAACGCUGCCAAGACGCUGUGUGCGCUAUCAUAUCAAGAUGUAUCAAUCGGUCUGGUACCCUCACACUUGCCUGAGCUGGAGGCAGCAUCGCUAGCUUCUGACAUGGAAAGAAUGGUCGAACCACCUAGUGCGUUGUGCUUCGACCUGUGCUACACAGUGGUGCUGCUAGAGCAGAUUGGUGUCCAGGAAAAUGAUGAGCGCAUACACUUUGUGGACAAGUUUCAAAGGCAACCCAUGUUAUCAGGACACGGAGUGGCGGCGGAUAAAGAUCUCAGCAGCUCGUCCGAAUCGGUGGCAUGGCUUACAGGUACCUUUUUAUAUCUCGAGGCGCUUCAACGCAAAGUAACAUUUUCUCUCGAGUCGGAACUGCUGGCGGAGCAGCUCAGCGCGGGGCUCCCUCUCGGCUGGAAUAUGAGUCUUCUCGUGUUUCUCGCAGCAUGCGUCUUCUUGUAUUAUACCACUGGUCGCCAAGCGGUCUCUGGACAAGCUGGAGGGGGCUCAAGGGGCUACCAUCUUGCUGUGAAUGGAGGAGCGAAGGCAAAGUACAAGGACACGACCCAGUCAAUCACGUUUGUUGACGACGCUCGAGAUUGA